AUGGCACGACCCAUUUCUCAUGUCUUAUUUUCACUUGUUCUUUGCAUUCUGCUGCAAGAUCAUAUCCAAGCACUCAGACAGUCGUAUAUUGUAUACUUAGGAUCACAUUCUUUUGGUCCAAAUCCUUCUUUGGUUGAUCUUGAAUCUGUCACAGACUCUCACCAUGAUUUUCUUGGAUCUUACGUGGGAAGCAUAGAAAAGGCCAAGGAAGCAAUCUUUUAUUCUUAUAAUAGAUAUAUCAAUGGGUUUGCUGCAGUACUUGAGGAAGAUGAAGCAGCAAAUAUUGCAAAGCAUCCCAGUGUCAUAUCAGUUUUCUUAAACAAAAGGCAUAAAUUGCACACAACACACUCCUGGAACUUCCUUGGAUUAGAAAGAAAUGGUGCUUUUCCACCUCAGUCAUUAUGGGGGAAGACUAAGGGUGAAGAUGUCAUUAUUGGAAAUAUCGAUACAGGUGUUUGGCCUGAAUCCAAGAGUUUUAGUGAUGAAGGGUUUGGACCCAUCCCAAAAAGAUGGCGUGGAAUCUGUCAAACGGAAGAUAAUCUUAAAUGCAACAGGAAGCUUAUUGGAGCAAGAUACUUCUACAAAGGCUAUGAGUCAAGUAUUGGUAAAAAACUGAAUAUGUCGAUGGUUAGUGCACGCGACUACGGAGGUCAUGGUUCACAUACUUUAUCAACAGCUGGUGGUAACGCUGUUCCUGGAGCUAAUGUUUUUGGGUUUGGCAAUGGAACUGCAAGUGGUGGAUCACCAAAAGCUCGAGUUGCAGCCUACAAGGCGUGCUGGCCUCCGGGAUGUACUGAUGCAGAUAUUGUUGCUGCUUUUGAGGCUGCCAUAAGUGAUGGUGUGGAUGUGAUUACCAUGUCUGUGGGUUCAGAAAAUCCACCUGAGUUUUUUGAAAGUGGUAUAUCUAUAGGGUCCUUCCAUGCAGUUUCCCACGGCAUAACAUUCGUGGCUUCUGGAGGAAAUGCAGGACCUAUUCAAGGAUCUGUGUCCAACAAUGAACCGUGGACUCUCACAGUUGGAGCAAGCACAAUCGACAGGGACUUCAUUAGUAAUGUUAUACUUGGUAACCGGAAAAUCUUCGAGGGAGCUAGCCUUUCAAGAUCUGGCUUACCAUCUAACAAGAAGUACCCAUUGAUCACCUCUGAACAAGCACUAACUACAUCGGAAUCAUCUUCUGUUAACGCCUUUUUUUGCACGAAUGGCACUCUUGAUGCUAGGAAGGUGAAGGGUAAGAUAUUGGUGUGUCUUCGCGGCGUAAAUGGUAGAGUAGAGAAGGGUGCUGUAGCUGCUAGUUUAGGAGCUGUUGGAAUGAUUCUGGCUAAUCGUGGGGCCUUAGAUGAUGAAAUUAUAUCCGAUCCCCAUGUGCUUCCUGCUACACAUGUAAACUUUGAGACUGGCAAAUACAUUUUUAGUUACAUCAACCGUACCAAGUCUCCCGUGGCUUAUAUUUCUAGAGUGAGAACAAAACUGGGUACGAAGCCAGCUCCAGUUAUGGCUGCAUUUUCAUCAAGGGGUCCCAAUCUCCUCGACCCAGCAAUCCUCAAGCCUGAUAUCACUGCACCAGGAGUCAAUAUCAUUGCUGCUUAUACUGAAGCCUUAGAUCCCACAAAACCUGACCAAACAAUAACUCCUUACACUGCAUUGUCUGGCACCUCAAUGUCGUGUCCUCAUGUUGCUGGUGUUGUUGGGUUGCUCAAAGCCCUCCAUCCUAAUUGGAGCCCAGCUGCUAUUAAGUCAGCAAUCAUUACCUCAGCAACUACAAAAGAUAACUCUGGAAGGCGUAUCCGAGCUUCACCAUUGAAGGAGUCAACACCAUAUGACUUAGGUGCAGGCCACAUUCGACCUAAUCGUGCUGCAUACCCUGGACUUAUAUAUGACCUAAAUACUACUGAUUAUUUAAACUAUUUGUGUGGUCGUGGCUACGACAGUUCUCGGCUUAUGUUGUUCUACGGCAAGCCUUUCACUUGUCCGAAGUCCUUCAGUUUAGCAGAUUUCAAUUACCCAACAAUCACGAUUCCUCGGAUUGAGUAUGGACAAUCUGUGACUGUUUCUCGAACAGUUACAAAUGUUGGGUCCCCAAGCGUGUAUAGAGUUCGCAUUGAGGCGCCACCAAAUGUUACAGUUUCUGUUGAUCCAGCGAAACUGAAAUUCAAGGAAAAGGGUGAGAAAAAAGAGUUUCGAGUUUCAUUGACCUUGAAGUCCAAAACUGAGAACACCACUGAUUUCGUAUAUGAGUAUGGGUCGUUGACAUGGACUAAUCACAAGAACCGCGUUAGGAGUCCAAUUGUAGUUAACUUGAAUAGUUUCUGA